UCAUUGACUGCCGGCUUAACAGGCGCCGCCGCUCCUCUCUGCAUCUUGCAAGGAUCUCUGGGUUUUGCAAAAACAAUUCUGAGGCAAAAAUGGCCAAGUUCUUCUGGGCAACUUUUGGAUUAUGUUUGCUGAAGCUCUGUCUAACAGACACACAAGUCAAUGUAAGCUGCAGAUAUGCAGGAGUUUUUCAUGUUGAAAAAGAUGGUCGCUACAGCAUGACACGAAGUGAAGCAGUUGAACUCUGCAAAGCUCUGAAUAGCACCUUGCCAACGCUAGAGCAGAUGAGAAGAGCUCAUCAACUUGGAUUUGAAACUUGCAGGUACGGUUUUAUAUUGGGGCAUAUUGUUAUCCCACGAAUCAAUCCCUAUCAUCUUUGUGCAGCAAAUCAUACUGGCAUUUACAAACUUUCAGCAAACACAACUGGUCUUUAUGAUGCAUAUUGUUACAAUGCAACAGAAACUAGAGAUAAGACAUGUGAGCCAAUUGAAAAGCUAAACACCUCUAUGCUCAGUGAUCGCAGCAAAAUAGUCAUUGAUAAUGAAGACGGCUCACGUUAUAACGCGGAUGGCACCCGUCAUAGUGGAGAUUCCUCAACCUCAGGUGUAGAUGACGAAAAUGUAGGUAGUGGUUCAACACACGACACAACUGUAAUGGAUACCAGCAUCAGAAGAUCCUCUAGUACUUCGUAUCUUGAACAUACCACUCCAGUCUCACAGUUGCUAGAUCAUUCUUCUGGAGGGGGCGAAAAGGAAUUUUUUCCAACAAAUACUGAUUAUGAAUUUCCUACAAUAUCAUCUGACAUGCCUUCAGUGCCCAUAGCUGAUGAUUUCCCUGAAAAAGGAGAUGGAGAGCAGCCUGCAAGUACUACUCGGGAGCCUCAUCGUGAUGACCUGGAGAAAGCCACCACCCAGGCUCCGUGGAAUCCCUUCUUGCACCAGUGGUGGUGGUCAAACCCCAGAGACAAGGCACAAGAACCAACGCAAGCAGCAAGGGCAGAUGUGACUUCAAGUGGCAAUGGUUCAGAUGACGAAGACUCUUCAGAGGAGACAUUUUACUCAACAGUGUUUCCAGACCGGGAUGUGACUGUGGCCAAGAAAGAGUAUUCUYCAAGUACUAAUUCUUCAGAGGAGACAUUUCACUCAACAGUGUUUCCAGGCUGGGAUGUGACUGUGGCCAAGAAAGAGUAUUCUCCAAGUACUACUGUGAGCUCUCAACGUGAAACCCUGAAGGAAAUCUCCAUGCAAGAUCACUGGACCCCAUCCUAUACAGAUGAAGAGGAGUGGUAUUCUAGCACUGCUGGCAGGGCACUAGUCACAAGCGAAAAUGAAAAACAUGAAGGACCAACCCAACAUCCACUAUUACACAGUGUUCAUCCUGGAUGGAUCAGUCAAGAACAAAGUCCUGCAAGUACCACUGGAAGUACUGAAGAACACGAAUUUACUCUUCCAGGUGAAAAUCAUAUUGAAACAGAAUCUUCUCAUACAGCUAUGGCAUCCGAUAACGGGGCCAAACAGAAUGAUUCAGCGCGAGACCCAUUGGUGUAUCCAGGUUGGGACGAGGGAGAUGUUUAUUCCGUACAACCCACUGUUAUGGAUAGAAUUAUUUCCUCCAGAAAGAAUGAUCAUGAAAAACAGUCUUCUAGUACAGCCCGUCAUGAAGACCCAACUCAGCCACCUCUGCCUUCAGAUACUGAACCAGCACAGGGCACUGCAGGCGUCACUCGUGCCACAAACACCCCCGGGGAUGAGGUGCUCCUUGGGCUGAAUCCUGCUAGUAGGAACGAACCUGAUGACGAAUCUCCAUUGAAGGGUACCACCAUUCUCACAACAGUCACGGCAUCGACUGAUAUUCCCAAAGGGGAAGAUAUGACCCAGGAACCACGGGCACCUAGUAUCUCCGUAACAGUGCUUACCUCUCCCGAUGGUACCCGUCAUGAAGACCCAACUCAGCCACCUCUGCCUUCAGAUACUGAACCAGCACAGGGCACUGCAGGCGUCACUCGUGCCACAAACACCCCUGGGGAUGAGGUGCUUCUUGGGCUGAAUCCUGCUAGUAGGAAUGAACCUGAUGACGAAUCUCCAUUGACGGUCACGGAGUCCACGGAUGUUGUCAGCCAAGGAGAAGGAACGCAAGAGCCACAGGCACCUGGCACUCAACCUGGAAGGGAAGGUGAUCAAGCCACUACUACGGAUGAUUCCCACCUCAAUUUCAUACCUGGAGUUUUUCCAGACACUCAGGAUCGUCUUAACCGAUUACACACUUCUGCUCCUACCAGACCUACAUCCAGUAUAUAUGAAUCCACUCCUUUCCCUGGGCAGACCACAACAACAAUAGCUUCAUCCGAAAGAUCAGCCAAGCUACCUGAAUGGUUGAUUGUAGUUGCUGCUCUCGUGGCGCUGGCUUUGGUUCUUGCAGUCUGCAUYGCAGUUAACAGCCGGAGAAGAUGCGGGCAGAAGAAAAAGCUAGUGAUUAAUAAUGGCAAAGGGGCAGUGGAAGACAGGAAGACGGGUGGAUUAAACGGCGAAGCCAGCAAAUCGCAAGAAAUGGUGCACCUGGUUCAUAAAGAACAGUCAAAUGAGCGAACAGGAGCAUGUGAUGAGUUCCUGACCCUUGAUGAAACGCAAAAUCAUCAGGAGCUGGACAUGAAGAGUGGAGUGUAAUGGCUCCAAGAUGCCAAGUAGGUCAGAGCUGGGGAAAUCAAAAUCGCCAAGGACUUGGACAGUUGUUCACAGAUGCACUGGGCUACUGAUGCCUUUUGAACAUAAUUAAACA